AUGCCGGAGACCUCCCCAGCCUUGCUGUGGACGGGGAAGGUUGGCGAUGCGUCUGCGUUCCGUGUCUGGGAUCUCGGGCGUUUGUCCGCGACUUGUCUGCGGACAAGCUGUCCCCUCGUGCUGCUCCUUGCGUCUUCCUUGGCUUCCCCCCUGACGCGCCAGGUGGCAGUUCUACCACCCCCACCUCUCCCUGUGUCUGUCCUCCCAGACGUCACGUUUGACGAGUCGGUCCCCUACUACCGCCUCUUCCCCUACCGCACUCCGUCCCUCCCCCCGCCACGCUCUUCCUUGUACCAGCCUGUCGAGGUUACUGGUGACUCUGGUGCUGCUGAGGGUGCUGAGCCUGGGGGUGCUGACUCUGGGGGUGCUGAGCGUGUGGGUGCUACGCCUGGGGGUGCUGAGCCUGAGGGUGCUACUACUGGGGAGUGGCUUGGGGUGCGGAGCCUGAGGGAGCUGGGCCUGCUCGUGUGGCGUCUGGCGGUGCUGAGCCUGGAGGUCUCUCGUGCUUCGUCUCUCGGCGGGAGCCACUCUCUCCACAGGAGCUGCGCGAGUGGUUUGCCCGGCGCUGGAGGCGUGCUGCUGGAGCUGGAGGUUCGUUCGGCUGCUGAGGGUGCUGGUGCCGCGGGUCCCGGAGGUGCUCGUACUGGGAGUACUGGAGCUGCUGGGCCUGCGGGUACGACUGGAGCUGGAGCUGCUGAGGGUGUUGGCGCUGAGGCUACUGCUGUCGGUCCUGGAGGCGGUCCUGCUGGGGGUGCUACUGGUGCUGCAGGAGGUACUGGAGCUGGAGGUGCUGCUGGCGCUGGUGCUGCCGCUGGGGGUACUGGUGCUGUCCCUGCUGUGUCUGGAGUCGCCGCGCGGCCUAGGCCGUACUUCGUUCCGCUCCUUCAGCAGGUUCUUGGUCUCCCGCCUUCUACUGGUCCUCCUCCUCCUUAG